AUGGAACACGCGAUCUUUUCGCCAACAUCAAUCGAAUGCUCCGUUGCCUGCAAUGACCCCCCGUCGAAGCCAGUGGCACCUGGAGGGCCAAGGGAUGACCAUUACUACAAGACGCUUUAUACUGAGGAACUAGACUUCCGCGCGCUUGGACAGUACGACCCCGAAUUCAAAGCUGUGCUAGAGCGUAGCUCGCAUAUCGACUUUAAUAAUCCUAAGUCGGUCAUGCAGCUAACCAAAACCCUCCUCAAGCGGGACUUUGGUUUAGCGGUCGAUUUACCUGUGGACCGACUCUGUCCUCCUGUACCUAAUCGACAUAAUUAUAUCCUUUGGCUAAAGGAUCUUCUUGACUCUUCUUCGCCUCCGUGCUUUGACACUGGAGAACUGGUCUCAACUCGGCGCGUGAUUGGGUUAGACGUAGGCACAGGGGCUAGCCUCAUCUAUCCGCUUCUAGGUUGUGCCCAACGGUCAUCGUGGUCAUUCGUUGCUACCGAUGUUGAUGCGAAAUCCUUGUCAUACGCACGCAAGAAUGUUAACUUAAAUAAUAUGCAAUCGCGGAUUCGGGUAGUCAGUCGGACCGUUACGGAUUGCCUGAUCCCCCUAGAUGAGCUUGGGUUGGAAAGUAUUGACUUCACCAUGGUCAAUCCUCCAUUCUACACCUCCGAGAUCGAGCUCGCAGAUCUAGCCAAGCAGAAAUCCCGACCGCCGAAUAGUGCGUGCACAGGUGCACCAAUUGAGAUGGUAUGCGCUGGGGGCGAGAUUGGCUUCAUACAGCGGAUGAUCGACGAGUCCUUAGUCUUAAAACAAAGAGUGCAGUGGUACACAUGCAUGCUUGGCAAACAGUCAAGUUUAGAAGUGCUUGUUGGCAUUUUGAAAAGCCAUGGGGUAACUAACUAUGCCGUUACGGCAUUCGUUCAAGGGAACAAAACGCGUAGAUGGGCUAUUGGGUGGAGUUUUGGCCCCAGGAGACCGUGCCUAUCAGCUAGUAGGGGUUGUGAGCCCUCGGCCGGAAAGAAGAUCUUACCUGACCCUACGGAGACGACGAUUUUUACGGGAUCCAGCUUGCAAACCAAGCCGGAACAGCUGAAGCUGGCCAUUUGCAAUACGAUGGAUGGCCUCAACAUGAGUUCCUGGAGCUGGAGCACGCAAUUGUCUCAGGGCGUAGGUUUUUCCAGUGGUAACGUUUGGAGUCGGGCUUACCGUAGAAAACGGGCGAGAGAAAGGGAAUGCCUGAGCUUAGUCAAGGGAGAUACUGCCGAGGCCGCGCCUUCGCCUUCCUAUUCAAAGAACCCUAGCCAACAGGCUGAGCAGAAAACUGCCCAGUGUGUGUUUGGGUUUUCUCUGGCUAUACAAGUUUCAAGAGAUGCGGAAAGUGAGAAUCAUAUGGCAGUAUUAGCCCGCUGGCUCCAGGGGGUAGACUAUACAGUUUUUGAGAGCUUCACAGGGUUUCUUCGAAAGACCAUCCUCUCAGCAAUCCAAGAGCAACAAAGCACGAUAUCGAAUCCUAAGGCUAGACGGCGAUCAUCAUAA